AUGAUUGAUUUAAAAUUAAAUAAAAUAAUAAAAUAUAUAUAUAUAGAUAUAAUAAAUACUAUUGUUAUAAUCUAUAUAAAUUUGAAAAAUAUUAUAAUAAAUACAAAUAAAAUAUUAGAUAAAAAUUUAUUGUUAAAAUAUAAUUACAAUAAGUUGUUUAACAAAAUAUUUAAUACUAUAACUUUGGAUAUAACUUAUAAAAAAAAUCAAUUAAUAAAAGUUUAUAAUGCAAUUGUUUAUAUGUUUAAAAAAUAUAUAUUAAAUUAUUCGUUUGUAAAACUAUGUUGGUAUUAUAUAACAGAUUUAGAUUUAACUAACUUAGACCUUCAUAUACACAAAAAAUUAGACAUUUAUACAGUAUAUAAAAAUAAAAUAAAAAUAUUACUCAUAUUUUUAAAAUCAUUAUUAAUAUAUAUUAUAGAUAAAUAUUACUAUAAACAUGGUAAAUUAUAUUUUCUUCUAAAAUAUCUAACAAAUAAAGAAACAUAUAAAAUGGUAAAUACUUUAAAUAAAUUAAUCUCUAUUAAAGUAACAGAUUUAAUAUUUUAUCAUGAUGAACUUAAAUUUUUAAUUAAACUAUUCUAUAAAACAGAUUACAUUAUUUUAAAUAAUAUAGACAAAAUAAGAUUUCAAAACGGAUAA